ACGUUCUCUCAAUUCGAGAGCCUCGUUGCUCCUGGAUAUGGUUCUUGAAUUGAUGCUAUGUAUGCAUGUAUUGUAUGCGCAAGUACUGCCAAUAUUCGUACAAUUUACAAAGUUGUCGAUUGCUGGACAGAUUUUGAAUUUGACAGGCAGACGUGUACGGCCGUGUGUGUCGUGUACAUUGGAGAUUGGUGACUGCUACAAGCCACGUGGACCACAAUACUGUUGAAACCCUCUACUAAAAGAUAUAACAUUAUGCUAUUUGUCGAAAGGUGACGCCACGACAAUCCACGAAACAAAAAAAUUGUCUUCCAUACUGUAUCAUAUUAUUCAUUUAAUCGAACAAAUUUCUACAGUCAAAAUGAAUUUAAGGAAUAUUAAAGAUAAACUAAAGGAUGAAACGUUGGAUCUUAGUUUAUGCGACCUGAAAGAAGUGCCUGUUCGAGAAAUCGCAACUGUCAAGAAAGCAACACAUUUAGAUUUAUCAAACAAUUUAUUAGUUUCCUUGCCUAAUACCUUUGUUACCCUUAAGCAAAUAAUUAAGUUAGAUCUCAGUAGAAACAUGUUAACAGAGAUUCCUGAGAAUUUUGGAGAACUAAAACAACUGCGGCAUUUAGAUCUAUAUGCGAAUCAGAUAAGCAGAUUACCACUUAGCUUGAGCGAACUGAAGAAUUUAAGAUGGCUGGAUUUGAAGGAGAAUCCUUUAACUCCGGCAGUGGCUAGCAUAGCUGGCCCCUGCAGCAAUUUAAGCGAAUGUCAAGCCUGUGCCCGCAACGUUGUCAUGUAUCUGUCAAGCGUCAAACUCAAAAUUGAAGAGGAGAAGUUACGAAGAUUAAACGCUGUCACAAGUACAGAAAACGAUAGCUUACUGCCAAAGAAAGUUGGAAAAAAGAAAAAGAAGAAACUGGCAGGGAAGGAGAAUAGAGAAAGCUUAGAUAAAAGUAGACAUCGGUCUUCAAGCAACGAAUUUCAAAUAGAAACGAAUAAAAUUGAAUUGCCGGCGAUGAUAGAAAAUGAUCUGUACGCCGAUAAAAAACCUGCGACCAAAGGCAAAUCCACGGUGGUACGACUUUUCCUUUUGAGUUUUAUUAUUGCCAUUCUGACGAUAGUAGUGCUACCAAUGUAUUCGGAGCAAUGCGACGCACUCGUAAACUAUGCAGAAAGGAAUACUGGUAUACCUUUGAAAGCGUUUCAGGAACAGAGUAUUGACAUGUAUCGUUCCUCUGUACGGACUGCGAUUAACUGGACCGAAAGUAUUUACAAAGAUUUGUACCAUGUCUAUGAAAACAGCUUCAGGGGAGAUGUUGGCGAUCUACCAAGUAAAUAAACUUACAUCGCUUGUCUCGGACUGAACAAGUUACAAGAUCGAUACGCAAACUUUUGUCUUAAAAUAUGUUGUGUCGUUCGUAUUAUUAUCAUCAUUAUUAUUAUGUGAAUCAAGGAUUCCGUUAUUUAUUAUAAAAAAUUAAAAACAAUUACAUGUACGAAAGUCUUUCGUGCAACGGAA